CUCGGGCAGAAGGACGCAGACACGCGCGCGCUUGGGAGAGGGGGGGGCAGAGAGAGCGUGCGCGCGCGAGGGACGCUGUUGUAUUGUACUCCAGUCUACUGAUAGACACAGAGAGAAUAUCGGCGGAUACGGGAUCUCGAUUUUACACGUACACAUUUCCUUUGUUCCGAGGAUGUUUGGUAUUCAAACAGCCGGCCCAUCUUUUGUCAGGUUCAGUUUGCCGUUAGCCAGCCAUCCGCUCUUUCAACCGGCUAGUAAACGCAACACGACUCCCGGCUUUUGUUAAACGCGCACGAAUUUUGGUGCAAGCCGUCAAAUCUUGGCUGUAUUCACACUUUUUUUUCGCCCCGAUAAGUCAAGAUGGUGAAGGAUCCGAGGAAGCCCAGAGGAAAAAUGUCCUCUUAUGCGUAUUUUGUGCAAACCUGCCGUGAGGAGCACAAGAAAAAGCACCCGGAUGCUUCUGUCAACUUCUCGGAAUUUUCCAAGAAGUGCUCAGAGCGAUGGAAGACAAUGUCACCCAAGGAGAAGAGCAAGUUUGAGGAUAUGGCCAAGCAGGAUAAGGUCCGUUAUGAGAGAGAAAUGAAGAACUACAUCCCUCCCAAGGGGGAGAAGAAGAAGCGCUUCAAGGACCCCAAUGCCCCUAAGAGACCUCCGUCAGCGUUCUUCAUUUUCUGUGGCGACUAUCGCCCCAAGAUCAAGGGUGAGAAUCCAGGCCUGACUAUUGGAGACAUUGCCAAGAAGCUUGGAGAGAUGUGGAACAGCUCAUCAGCAGAGGUGAAGCAGCCUUAUGAGAAGAAAGCUGCCAAGUUGAAGGAGAAGUAUGACAAGGAUAUUGCGGCAUACCGCACAAAGGGAAUUGCAGGCCUGUCCAAAUCAGAUCCUGGUGAUGAAGAUGAGGAGGAUGAGGAAGACGAUGAUGAGGACGAGGACGACGAUGAUGAGGAUGACGAUGAAUAGAUUCCGAUGGAGCCCGGGUUUUCGUUCAUGCCAUAAACCCAAUUGUACACGAUUCACAUCUUCAAACGUAAUACAACAGAACCAGUCGUUAGGCGUGUAUAUGGGACGUUUUUAAGAUGUACAGUGUUAUUCUCCUUUUGUAAAGUUAACACUAUGUGUCUUCAGUCUGGUUUUUUUUGUUUUAAUUUUGGUUAGUGGUAGCUCUUGCCUGAAACAGUUUGAAGGUGGAGAGAAGAACUGUUUCCCUGAAGGUGCAUAGCACAAUUAUACAAUUUCUGUAGAUCUGUAGUGCAUAAUCAUUAGUUAACUUUUUUUUCUUCUUUUUUGUAUUUGCUGUCAUAAGGUCCUUUAACUGUACUUUGAAUACCACUCUAAUUACAAGAAUGCAGCUUUGUUUGACAUUCAAGAAUGUGUCCAAAAUAAACAUUUUCUUUUUUUAGAAAAA